UUCACAUGGUAUGAAUGAGGUGCGAUUGACUGGACUCCUGAAAGAACGGUACAAAACUCACUUUGCGGACUUCAGCAAAAACUAAAUAAGCCAGGACUGUGUAGACCAUGCAGCUAUUCGAAUAACCUAGCUGCCCAUCCCUCUUCAGAAAAAGAUGACUCGGCCCCUCAGAUUGAAGAUUCACGAUGCUCUCAAUAGCAGCUUGCUAAUGGACGCGGAGGGGAUGGGCAUAUUUAUCGGAGGGCGCCGGCGCAACCGGAAGAAGAAGAACAAGAAAAACGGUCAAAGCAAGAAGAAAACUAAGAAAAUGAUAACAAGAGCAAACCCGUUUUCAACGAAUCGUCUGGAAGUUCCAGUGAUUCCUGCUCUUCCGGUAGAAGUUCACCCAAGUCUGAGGAGAAGAUCCCUUUGUUGAGCUAUUGCUUGGACGAGAACGAAAACUUCGAUCCGUCAGAUCCUUACUGCUAUUUUUGUGACGACGAAGAGGCUGAAAAUACAGAGAUGUCGUUCCUAUUUAAGAAGAAGGCCAAGGAAGUGAAAACAGAGAAGGCGGUCGUGAACGAGAUGCAGACUCGUGCGGAGGAGUCCAAACCCGAGGUGAAGGCCGAGCCCCCUGCCCCGGCUCAGGCGGUACAGAAGGAGGAGAAGCCCGCGCUAGAGGAGAGCACGGAGAAGGCUGUGGACGGAGGGGCCGUCACUGAGACUAAACCUGCCGAAUCUGAAGAGAAAGCCCCAGUUGUUGACGGCGAAGCCAAGCCUAGUGAGAAGGAAGAGAAGAGCGAAAAGUCGCCCUUGGUGAGCAACAAAGACAUGGGCCCCGGUGGAUGCCUGUGCUGUACCAUACUUUAGUAGAUUCAAGAUGGCAUGCACUUUUACAGCGCCUGCAUGUACAAAGUGAUCUAAGAUCCUAAUGCAUGGAUAUUCACAGAGACUUAUCUCGACUGGGGAAUAUGUGGCGAGAGCUGUAGGUAAUCGCGUUUGUUACAUGUUUGCGAAUAACAAGCUGUCAGAACUGCAUGUCAAGAAAAGGCAAAUUAUAAAUAAGCUAUCAAAAAUUUAUUCUGGCUGUGGAAAUGUUCUGCUUUACACCUGGAUUGUAGUGAUACAAUUUUGUACAUCUUGUUUGUGAAUAUUAAUAAAAAAUGCCAUUUUAUUGAGAAUUAUAUUCAAUACAGUAACAACGUAAAAUUUAAAUAUAAGUUUUAAGAGUUUAAUUUAAAACAGUUAUCUUUAGAAUAGUAUAGCUUUGUAGUUUUAUGAAAUGAUUUUAAUUAAUGUUGAUAACAAAUUACUGACACUAUGUCGGAAGCAAUUUUGUGGGCAUGUUUAAAUUAUACUUUGCCUGUCUGAAAGAUGGCUAUGUGUAUUUGUCGUUUUCCUGUGUUGAAAGUAAAAUCGAUUUAAAUUCGGCCAAUUCAGUGUUUAGUCUACAUCCUAUCAAAUUUAAAUAUUUCUUGAAUUUGUUAUUACAGUACAUAUCCAAAUUUUAAAAAAAUGCAUAGUGACAAUGUACCGGGGUAAGUGCCAAAACAGUCUUUAAAAUACGCUAUAAUUUCCAUUUGUUUUGAUAUUAAAAUCUUCUUUUUUGCACAUUGAACCAAUUUAUCUAAAGUUGUAAAUUGCCAGUGUAUAAAGAUAAACAUAGUCUUCUUCCUAACUUUAAAUAAUACUAAACACAGCUAGUGAAAGCUGGGAAUUUCUUCUUCUUGUUUUUGCACGUAAUGCUGAAUUGUUUUAUUUUCAUUUUUAUUUGAAAUUUGAAAUGUAUUCAAAUUUGAAGUAGAACGCCUAGAUGACGUAUUAUUUGAAUCUCCGUCAAACUAUAUCUAUUUUCCGAACCAUUUUCCUUUUGUUGGCGAGGGCAAUAUUAGACAAUCGUUUAAGCAGAUUUAUGUUUUCAUGAAUAAUUCGGAAGAUAAAAUCAUACAGAAGAGUCCUUUUGAGAAGUUUAGUCGAGAGUUCCCCGACUAUUUGUAAUGGCGAAAAUGUCUUGCUUGUUGCAAGUCUUUAAAAAUAAAGUUAUGUUGACUUAAAUUUCUCAUAUUUAUUUUCCCAUCUUUCCAUUCCCUGUACCGAAACGCUCGAUCUGGCAUGCAGGCUCCCUGGUUAUUUAAACUUACCUACAUAAACAUUAACAAGAAUUAUGUCAUGUAUGUACAUGGUGCAUGUACAUUGUAGCGAUUGUCUUUAAUUUGAAUUCAGCCGUAUUGGUGUGAGAAAGACGGUCUAUUGGUGAAAUUGUUCAUGCCAUACAAGCAGCGAUAUAUGCCCUGUAACAUCGGAUAUCAUGAAAGCUCGCUAAGUUUCUGUUUUGGGUAAUUUGGGCUUGUCCUAAUAGUCAAGCAAAAGCUCUGAACCACAUGCCGGGCCUUGGACAUUCAACAGUCAGCACUAUACCACUGACCCAAAUGGCGAGCAUGGUAGGUGUCGUGAUGUGUGUGUUGCUGUCUCCCAGGCUUUGUAUUUGAUGUCCCAACUGUUUUACUUGCAUCUUUACAUUUACUGUAAAUGUUUGAUUAUCUAAAAAGAAAAGAGAAAAAACAUCGAUAUGUAUAUGAAAGGGUUGAUAGCUUAAAAGAGAAUGUAAUACUCAGUGAUUGUAUAGAGAACUCCUUCCCUUAGAGAGUUGUGCUGUGCUAUUGUGUGUCUCUAUAUAUGUAACAUGUAAACUUAACAUCAGAUAGGAAAGAAGACUUCUAUCUGAGAAGAGUUCUAUGUAUUGGUCUGUCCAAAUAAAACACGUCCCCCCCCCCCCCGAACGACAUCUCUGUAAGAAAAAAUGUCGAUAUUCUAAGUUUACCAUCGCGUUUUUCUAUGUCCAUUUCCUACUGAAAACUGAAACUGUCUUCCUGUUAUCGAAACAUUGUCCCUGGCAUUUUUUUUUUCUUCGUCUAUAAAUAGCACUGUCUGAGGGCCUAAUUGGUGCCCAGAGGUCACCGUCUUACAUAGCUGUCGUAUAAUGGUACAUGUUUACCAUGGUAACGUAUCCGUUCACUCAGAUAUAUUGCCAUGGGCGUUACACCAUGCCCACGAUGUUACGACUGUUUCGUAGGACGGGCCUAGAUUUUGACCACGGUUCGAAGUGUACCAGAACUACCGCAACAAGUAGCUGGGCAGAAUAGCUUGUUUGAUUACUUUUAUGUAUUUAAUAAAGACUAUAUGCAACACA